GAGACCGGAAGUUUGCAUUGCUGCUGUAGCUAGGCUCGAGCGGCUGCUGGAAAAGGAAAGCCUUGCGCUGUGAUGCCGCUGGAUGAUGGCUGCCUUCGGUAUCUUAAGUUACGAGCACCGGCCUCUUAAACGGCCCAGGCUCGGCCCUCCGGACGUGUAUCCUCAAGACCCGAAGCAAAAAGAGGAUGAAUUGACUGCAUUAAACGUAAAACAAGGAUUUAAUAAUCAACCAGCGGUGUCCGGAGAUGAACAUGGCAGCGCAAAAAAUGUCAACUUUAAUCCCGCCAAGAUCAGCUCAAACUUCAGCAGCAUUAUGGCUGAGAAGCUUCGCUACAACACAUUCCCAGACACAGGGAAGCGCAAGCCGCAGGUCAACCAGAAGGAUAACUUCUGGCUGGUCACUGCCAGGUCCCAGAGCUCCAUUAACAACUGGUUCACAGACCUGGCUGGGACCAAGCCCCUCACGCUGCUGGCCAAAAAGGUUCCAAUUUUUAGCAAAAAGGAAGAGGUAUUUGGAUACCUUGCCAAAUAUUCGGUUCCUGUGAUGCGCUCGGCAUGGAUGAUCAAAAUGACCUGCGCAUACCAUGCUGCCAUUACAGAGACUAAGGUCAAGAAAAGACAUGUGACUGAUCCCUGUAUAGAAUGGACCCAGAUCAUCACCAAAUACCUGUGGGAGCAGCUUCAGAAGGUGGCUGAGUUCUACAGACAGUUCCCCAGCCAGGGCUGUGCCUCCCCACAGCCUGCCACACCCGCGGAGGUGGAGACAGCCAUGAAGCAAUGGGAGUACAACGAGAAGCUAGCCAUGUUCAUGUUUCAGGACGGCAUGCUGGACCGACACGAGUUCCUCACCUGGGUGCUGGAGUGUUUUGAGAAGGUUCGACCUGGAGAAGAUGAACUUCUUAGACUAUUGCUGCCUCUCCUAUUGCAGUACUCGGGAGAGUUCGUGCAGUCGGCCUACCUGUCCCGGAGGCUGGCGUACUUCUGCACCCGCCGGCUGAACCUCCUGCUGAGCGACGGCAGCCUGGGGCCGGGCACGGGCGGCCACCAGUCCCACGGCAUCCUGGCCCAGCCGGGGAACGCCCUGCCCCCCACGCCCACCUCCCAGCCCGCGGGGGGCAACCAGACCCAGACCCCCUUCACAGACUUCUACAUCUGCCCACAGCACCGACCCCUGGUGUUUGGGCUCAGCUGCAUGCUGCAGAGCAUCGUGCUGUGUUGUCCCAGUGCGCUGGUGUGGCACUACUCCCUAACGGACAGCAGGAACAAAACGGGCUCGCCUCUCGACCUGCUCCCCAUCUCCCCCUCUAACCUGCCCAUGCCGGGCUCCAACACUGCCUUCACCCAGCAGGUCCGUGCAAAGGUACGAGAAAUCGAGGAGCAAAUCAAGGAGCGAGGCCAGGCGGUAGAGUUCAGGUGGUCCUUCGACAAAUGCCAGGAGACGACCGCAGGCUUCACCAUCGGUAGGGUUCUCCACACUCUGGAAGUUCUGGAUAACCACAGCUUUGAGAAGUCGGACUUCAGCAACUCGCUAGACUCCCUUUACAACAGGAUCUUCGGCUCGGGUCAGAGCAAAGAAGGCCACGAGAUGUCGCCCGAUGACGACGCGGUGGUCACGCUGCUGUGUGAGUGGGCCGUGUGCUGCAAGCGGUCGGGCCGGCACAGAGCCAUGGUGGUGGCCAAGCUGCUGGAGAAGAGGCAGGCCGAGAUCGAGGCGGAGCGGUGCGGGGAGUCGGAGGUGGUGGACGAGAAGGGCUCGGUGUCGUCGGGCUCCCUGUCGGCCGCCACGCUGCCCGUCUUCCAGGACGUCCUGCUGCAGUUCCUGGACACCCAGGCCCCCACCCUGACCGAACCGGCCAAUGAGAGCGAGCGGGUGGAGUUCUCCAACCUGGUGCUGCUCUUCUGCGAGCAGAUCCGGCACGACGUCUUCUCCCACAACAUCUACAUGUGCACGCUCAUCUCCCGCGGCGACCUGGCCUCCGACGCCCACCUGCCCCGCCCGCGGUCCCCCGGCGACGACCCCGGCGACGAGUCGGAGCGCAAGGAGCAGGACGCCGCCGCCGGCAUCAAGAUGGAGGAUACCGGACUGUCGGAGUCGAUGGAGGUCGAUCAAAACUCCAGCGCUAAUUUUGACGAGAUGUUCUCUCCCAGGAUGCACUGCGAGUCCAAGGGGAGCCCGUCCCCCGAGAAGCCCGUCCCGGAUCAGGACAGCAAGGCCGGGGUGAAGGACAAGGGCAUGGACCCGGCCUUCCCCCAGGUGUACGAACAGCCCCGGCACAUCCAGUACGCCACCCACUUCCCCAUUCCCCAGGAGGAGAGCGCCAGCCACGAGUGCAACCAGCGGCUGGUGGUGCUGUACGGCGUGGGCAAGCAGCGCGACGAGGCGCGCCACGCCAUCAAGAAGAUCACCAAGGACAUCCUGAAGGUGCUCAACCGCAAGAGCACGGCAGAGACGGGAGGGGAGGAGGGACAGAAGAGGAAGAGGAGCAAGCCAGAGGCCUUCCCCACUGCCGAAGACAUUUUCUCCAAAUUCCAGCACCUUUCCCACUUUGACCAGCACCAGGUCACCUCUCAGGUGUCCAGGAAUGUGAUGGAACAGAUUACCAGCUUUGCCUUAGGGAUGUCUUAUCAUCUGCCCCUGGUGCAACACAUACAGUUCAUCUUCGACCUCAUGGAAUACUCGCUCAACAUCAGCGGCCUCAUAGACUUUGCCAUUCAGCUCCUGAACGAGCUCAGCCUGGUGGAGGCCGAGCUGCUGCUGAAGUCCUCCACCCUGGUGGGGAGCUACACCACCGGGCUGUGUCUGUGCAUCGUGGCCGUGCUGCGGAGGUACCACUCCUGCCUCAUCCUCAACCCGGAGCAGACGGCACAGGUCUUUGACGGGCUGCGCAUCGUGGUGAAGUCCGGCGUGAACCCCGCCGACUGCUCUUCGGCCGAGCGCUGCAUCCUGGCCUACCUGUACGACCUGUACACCUCCUGCAGCCACCUCAAGAGCAAGUUCGGAGAGAUCUUCAGCGAGUUCUGUUCCAAGGUGAAGAACUCCAUCUACUGCAACAUCGACCCGUCGGACUCCAACAUGCUGUGGGACCCGGUGUUCAUGAUGGAGGCCAUCUCCAACCCCUCGGCCCACAACUUCAACCACUCCAUGGUGGGCAAGCUGCUCAACGACAGCCCGCCAAACCGCUACAGCUUCGUGUGCAACGUGCUCAUGGACGUCUGCGUGGACCACCGGGACCCCGAGAGGGUGAACGACAUCGGGAUCUUGUGUGCGGAGCUGACGGCGUACUGUCGUUCUCUCAGUGCAGAGUGGCUGGGCAUUCUCAAGGCCCUGUGCUGCUCCUCCAACAACGGCAACUGUGGCUUCAACGACCUGCUGUGUAACGUAGAUGUCAGCGACCUGUCGUUCCACGACUCCCUGGCCACCUUCGUGGCCAUCCUGAUCGCCAGACAGUGUCUGCUGCUGGAGGACUUGGUGCGCUGUGUGGCCAUCCCCUCCCUCCUCAACGCAGCUUGCAGUGAGCAGGACUCUGAGCCGGGAGCCAGGCUCACCUGCCGCAUCCUGCUACACCUCUUCAAGACCCCCCAGCGUAACCCUGUUCCUCAAGACGGGGCCAAGUCAGAAAAAUCCCCCGUUGGUAUCCGGUCGUCCUGCGAUCGCCAUCUGCUCGCCGCGUCCCAGAACAGCAUAGUGGUGGGCGCAGUGUUUGCCGUCCUCAAGGCUGUCUUUAUGUUGGGCGACGCAGAGCUCCGAGGCUCAGGCCUCUCGCAUCCCGCAGGCCACGACGACCUAUCGGGAGGCCGCAGCGUCUCCAUAGAAACGGCCAGUCUGGAUGUGUACGCAAAGUAUGUGCUGAAGAGCAUCUGCCAGCAGGAGUGGGUGGGGGAGCGCUGUCUGAAGUCCCUGUCGGAGGACAGCAGCGCCCUGCAGGACCCGGUGCUGGUCAACAUCCAGGCCCAGCGGCUGCUGCAGCUCAUCUGCUACCCCCACCGCCAGCUGGACAGCGACGACGGGGACAACCCCCAGCGGCAGCGCAUCACGCGCAUCCUGCAGAACAUGGACCAGUGGACCAUGAGGCAGUCGUCCCUGGAGCUGCAGCUGAUGAUCAAACAGAGCACCAACAGCGAGCUCCACUCUCUGCUGGAGAACAUCGCCAAGGCCACCAUCGAGGUGUUCCAGAAGUCUGCGGAGAUGAACUCCAUGUACCCCUCGGGGAGCGGCGACGGCAACCCCUCCUCCGACAACAACAGCAGCAACAGCAAGAUGAAGCCCAUCCUCAGCUCCUCGGAGCGGUCGGGGGUGUGGUUGGUGGCCCCCCUCAUAGCCAAGCUGCACACCUCGGUGCAGGGCCACGUGCUGAAGGCGGCCGGGGACGAGCUGGAGAAGGGCCAGCAUCUGGGCUCCUCCUCGCGCAAGGAGAGGGACCGGCAGAAACAGAAGAGUAUGUCCCUGCUGAGUCAGCAGCCCUUCCUCUCCCUGGUGCUCACCUGUCUGAAGGGCCAGGACGAGCAGAGGGAGGGCCUGCUCACCUCGCUCUACAGCCAGGUGCAGCAGAUCGUCACCAACUGGCGGGAGGACCAGUACCAGGACGACUGCAAGGCCAAGCAGAUGAUGCAUGAGGCCCUGAAGCUGAGGCUCAACCUGGUGGGCGGGAUGUUCGACACGGUGCAGCGCAGCACGCAGCAGACCACCGAGUGGGCGGUGCUCCUCCUGGACAUCAUCAGCAGCGGCACGGUGGACAUGCAGUCCAACAACGAGCUGUUCACCACGGUGCUGGACAUGCUCAGUGUGCUCAUCAAUGGCACGCUGGCGGCGGACAUGUCCAGCAUCUCCCAGGGCAGCAUGGAGGAGAACAAGAGGGCCUACAUGAACCUGGUGAAGAAGCUCCGGAAAGAGCUGGGCGACAGGCAGUCGGAGAGUCUGGAGAAGGUCCGCCAGCUGCUGCCUCUCCCCAAGCAGACCAGGGACGUCAUCACCUGCGAGCCCCAGGGCUCGCUCAUAGACACCAAGGGCAACAAGAUCGCCGGCUUCGAGAAGGAGGGCCUCCAAGUGUCCACCAAGCAGAAGAUCUCCCCGUGGGACGUGUUCGAGGGCCUGAAGCACUCGGCGCCCCUCUCCUGGGGCUGGUUCGGCACGGUGCGCGUGGACCGCAAGGUCUCCCGGCUGGAGGAGCAGCAGCGCUUCCUGCUCUACCACACCCACCUGAAGCCCAAGCCCCGCAGCUACUACCUGGAGCCGCUGCCGCUGCCCCCGGAGGAGGAGGAGCCCCCCACGCCCCUCUCCCAGGAGCCCGAGAAGAAGAUGGCGGAGGCGGCCAAGCCGGAGAAGAACGUGGCCAGCACGCCGUCGGACUCCAGCAAGAAGAAGACCAACAAGAAGAAGAAGACGCCGGCCACCAAGACCGAGGACUUUGUGAGCCGCACGCCCAGCGGCGGGCCCUACGUGCCGGGCAUGCAGCCUGACCUGAUGAUGAGCCAGCAGAACCCCUACGCCAGGAUUGGCUACGGGCAGCAGCCUAUCGGCAUCUACGCCCAGAACCAGCCUCUCCCACCAGGGGGUCCCGGGUUGGAGUCGCCAUACCGCCCGAACCGCAACACCCAGAUGAACAAGAUGAUGCCGGCGCGGCCCACCUACCCAGGCAUGAUGCCCAGCAUCCCGGGCGGCAUGAUGAUGGGCAUGGACAAGCAGUACCCCAUGGGCUACAAGCCCCAGCCCGCCAUGCCCCAGGGCCAGAUCCUGAGACAGCAGCUACAGGUCAGACUGAACCAGAGCAUAAUGGGCCAGCAGAUGAGACAGAUGACACCCAACCAGCCUUACACGCCCAUGCAGCCCGCCCAGAACAUCAACCAGGGCUACACCUCGUACGCCUCCCACAUGGGCCUUCAGCAGCACCCCUCCCAGGCCGGCGGCGGCGGCGGUGGCGGCGGCGGCGGCGGCAUCGUGCCCACCGCCUACGGGAACCAGAACUUCCAGGGCUCGCACCCCGGCGCCAACCCGGCGGCCGUGGACCCCCUGCGGCAGAUGCAGCAGCGGCCCAGUGGCUAUGUGCACCAGCAGGCGCCGGGCUACAACAUGCAGAACACGCAGAGGUUCCCCCACCAGGCGUUGCAGCAGCAGGCUCCCAUCAUGCACGGCCUGGGUCACAUGCCGGCCCAGGGUGUCCACCCUGGCAUGAGGCCCAAUCAGAUACUGGCAGAGCAGCAGCAGCAGCAACAGCAGCAGCAGCAGCAACAACAACAACAGCAACAGCAGCAGCAGCAACAACAGCAGCAGCAGCAACAACAACAACAACAGCAACAGUUCCUCAGACAGCAGGCCGCACUCAGACAGCAACAACAACAACAGCAGCAGCAACAACAACAACAGCAGCAACAACAACAACAGCAACAGCAGCAGCAGCAACAACAGGUCCAGCAACAACAACAACAACAGCAGCAGCAGCAGGUCCAGCAGCAGCAGCAGCAGCAACAGGUCCCGCCGCAGCAGCAGCAACAGGUCCCGCCGCAACAGCAGGUCCAGCAGGUCCAGCAGGUCCAGCAGGUCCAGCAGCAGCAGCAGCAGCAGCAGCAGCAGCAGCAGCAGCAACAGCAACAGGUAGCAACAUCCCAGACCCCUACCCAAGCACAGAGCCAGGCGCUGGGCAUGCAACCCCUGCCCCCACAGCAAACCAUGUUCCCGAGGCAGGGCAUGCAGCAGACCCAGCAGCAGCAGCAGACUGCAGCUCUGGUCCGGCAGCUGCAGCAGCAACUCUCCAAUACACAACCAGGCCAGAAUACCAACUCAUAUUACUGAUCGUCGUUCGUCGAAGUGUGCUGCGAGCCCCCUCACCACCCCACCAUAUAUACAUAUAUAAAUAUAUGCAGGAGCGUCCCCAAGCCUACCCACCCUUCAUCUGUGGUGGACCGGGCCACAGAAUGAGUCCAGUGCGGUGCAGGUCCGUUCCCAGAGCCCUGCUUUGGGCUCAUGAUCGGGGAGGUGAAUGCCUCAGGCGAUGGAAGGAAGGACUACCAAAUGGACAAACCAAACCAACCCCCCCAAGUUUACCACUGAGUACAACUGGCAAGGAAAUGGCUAUCAUGUUCAGUCGUGUAUUUGCAGAACAUAGUUGCAGAAAUCGGCAGAGAUCUCGCUGGGAAAUAGUGUGGCGAGAUAUGGGGGAAGAGUUUAUGUAAAAAAAAAAGAAAAAAAAAAGUACCAGAAAUUAUAAGAAUAAUGCAAGUUUUUUAUUUUAUUUCAAUUUGUACAAUUUUUUCAGUUUGGUGUAUUUCUCAUUAAAAAAAAUCAUGUCAA